CCUGUUCCAGUUCUUUCUAAAUCUAAUUUUAGUUUUUUGUAAAAAGUUAACUGAACAUUCAAAGUUAAAAAUAACUCUUAAUCUGAAACCGAAUAAAUGUCAUAAUAAGGAUGCUUUAAAGCUACAUUUCGCAUUUUCAAAGGUAGCUUCCUGCGAUUUCUUGCAAGAUGGAAAAUCCUCGCGAGAGUAAAGUAAAUAAAGACUGUAUUAAUGAGGAAAGAAGACUUUGGAUUGGAAAUUUGGAUCCUAGAGUUACUGAGCCUACCUAGGGGAUAUGCAUUUGUUACUUAUUGUAAAAAACAUGAUGCCAUUGUUGCCAAAGAUGCUUUGAACAAUCUCUUGGUUGGACAGAAAAUUAUAACUGUUACUUGGGCACACAGUGUAAAUAACGAUGAGGUGGAGAAGCCUAAAGAAGAAAUUUUUAUACCAGCUUUAGCUAUGGCUAAGUUAGGUAGUAAGACUGAUAGAAUGACUCAAAUUCAGGCCAUCGAAGCCAAGUUGAAGAUGAUGGAAAGAAAACAAGAAGAUGAAUUGAAAAUUAAUGACACAGUUGCAACGAAAGCACCUGUUGUUGUGCAAUAUCAGCACAAUAAUAUACAAAAUAGUAGUACAAGUUUGAACAGUAAUGGAAAUCAUAGAAAUCAUUUUAAAAAUAGAGAUAGAUAUCAUAAGCCAUAUACAAAAAGCAAAUACGGUAGAUAACGUAGUUUAAAUUUUAAGAAAAUACUUUUUAAGUUUCACAGUACAAAUAUUUUUUUAAUUGUUUAAAAAAAAUUAAUACUUUACCUUUUUUAAUAUUAACUUGUUAUAUUAAUAAGUUUUGAUUGAAAUAUAAUGUUAAAAAAUCUAAAACUGCCAAUAAUAAUGGUAUAAAUGUAUAGUUAAAUGUGUGCGCAGGGUUAGGCAAUUAUGUCAAUAUACAGAGUGUCCCAGCUUUUAUUUGACAGUCUGUAACUUUUAUAAUAGUUAUCAGAAUUAAAUGAAAUUUAGAAGAUUUCUUUGGUUUAUUGGGUCAUGUUUUUAUUUUCUAUCGUUUAGCAUAGCACUACAUAUGUUUCGGAAAAAUUUCCAUCUUCGGGUGAAGUCAAAAUUUAAUAAACUUGGGAACGAUUACAAACUGUUUAUUUUUUUUUUUUAAAUAACAGACACCCCAUCUUUCUGUUUCAGUGUGUGAAAGUGUAUUCAAAAUAAUGAUUUGGUUUAACACGAUAACGAUAAAGUAGGGAAACAAAAAGAGUUUUUACAAUGUUAAAAAUUACCAGUGGCGUUACAGUUAAGGAUUAGAAAGCUUAAUUAUUUAAUAAUAUUUAAAUAAACGUUUGACAAAUCUUUUAUGUCUGUUUUAUUAGUUACAGAGUUGUUAUUUUUUUUUAAUAUGUAUAUCAAGGAUUGUUCUUUGUUGAUAUUUGGUUAAUUUUCGAGAAUUCUUACAUUUUCAAAUUCGAAAGAGUGCAAAUUUUCUACCGCAUGUUAGGGUACUGUGACGGCCCAUCCCCGGUACUCCAUUUGAUCGUUGUUUUACUCUCUAAAAUGUUAUUAUUUACCUCACAAGUUUAUUAAGUUCUAUACUUACUGUAUUUGGCCUGUUUCCUCUAGUAGUAGAAGUGAUCGUCUAGUUGCGAUAAUGUUAAUGCAAAGUUUGGUGCAAAUUGAUAAAUAAAACAUACAAAUUCAUAUUUAAACUUUUUUAUUUUUUUAUACUUUAAAUGUGAUGCAAUAAUUAGCAAAGUAUAUUACAAUUGGUACUAUUUACUGAGAUAUCACUUGAGUCCCGUUCAAACGCAGACCACGUUCAUUUGCUAUCAAUAUAUAUUUAAUUUAGCUUGAUGACCAAUGGAAUUAACGAACAGCAUCAAUUCGCUAGUGGGUUAACUACUGUGUUGAUGUUUAUAUUCUUAUUUAGGUUGAUGACCAAUGGAGUUAACGAAAAGCGCCAAUUCGCCAGUUGGUUCCCUUACUAUGUUGAUUUUACAUAUACUUUGCUUCAAACCCAGUAGAAUGGGUGGCUAAGCAUGAUACUAUUACUCGAGAAGAUAAAUCCACGCGAAUGCAAUCAGCUCAUUUCUCUCGCACGCCUGACGUCACUGGGAGACAUUACCCGACUCAGCCAGUUCUAUACGACGCAAAGAGGUUUUACGUGUAUUAUUGCUGCUAUUUGAAUCAAUACUUCCGAAUUUGUGUUGCUGUUUAAUUUUUAAGACGAUUUAUUACUUGUUUAUUCAAACAUUUUCAAUUUUUACCCCUCCUUUUUUACAUUCAUCCGUAAUUUUUAUAAAUAUAUUAAAUUGAUUGUAAAAUAAAAAUGUCUAUAGUUUAAAAUCUCUAAAAUAAGAUUAACUCGAAUUUUUUUUAAUAUUUUGAAUUUUCCCCCUCCUCUUUUUACCCCUACCUGUAAUAUUUUUAUUAAAUUACUAAACGAAUUUUAAAAUUAAAAUAGUACGCGACAACUCGAUAUUUUAAAUUGCAAUUUUUUUACCAUUUUCCCCGACAUUUCACCCGCUUCCCCUUUAUCAAUUUUACUCAAAAAUAUUCCAAUCCGACCCCUAAUGGAAUAACACCUAUCUAUAGCGCAAUUCCUUUAAAAGUUAUGGUGAAUACCGAUAGACUGAAAUUUUCUUUUUUACUCAUAAUACUUUUUUUAAACAUAAAAUAUUGUUUAAAACCGCUCUAGCGUAAUGCUUUUCGUGGUCGAAAUUGGAUCGUCAAGUGGGCUUAUCUUCUCGAGUAAUAGUAUCAUGGUGGCUAAGCAUAUAGGUGUCCCCUCUUGAGCUAACGAACAGUGUAUUCACCAGUUGGUUAACUUACUGUUAGAUUUUACCAUCUUGGUUUGUACAAUUUAUCCAAGAUAGCACAUCCCUGUAUAUUUCUAAUAUAUUGCUUUUUAUAAUUUCUAUUAAAAUGACUUAAUACAACCCUGUAUGUUUCUUAAUAUUGAUUUUUAUAAUUUCUAUUGAACUAACUUAAAUUCACCUAUCGAAACCAGAUGACUAACCUAACUGUCUUUCAGGGUGAACGACUGAAGGCCAUAUGACUACUGAACUUGAAAUAUAACACAAAUAUUAAAAUUAAAGCUUGCACAUCAAAUAAUAAAAAAUGAAUGAAUCCGAGCUCAUUUGGGUCCGGAUUCUUAUACCCGUUUUAAUGGCUUUUUGUGACGUCUCUGUGUGUCUUAGUUCCCAGCGACAAACGAAUCUGGGGGUCGAUUUAAGUCGACUUGCCUUGAGAGCUUGUGUAUCAAAAUAUUGUCGAAAUCGGUCUUAACAUCUAGAAAGAUAAGCGAGUUAAGUGUUUUAAUGAUGAUUACUUCGUGAAAAGAAAUGUGGUUUAUUAGGUGUUGUAAAUAAGAUUUAACUGUCUGGGAGAUUUUUCGUUAAAUGAAGGAUUUUGAAUUUAAUAUGAAUGCAAUAUUAUAUUUAAUAAAUGGAAUUAAUAAAUUAUUAAGGUACCUGGGUGAGAUAGGUUACAGUACUCUUUCGAUUUUGAAAAUGUAAGAAUUCUCGAAAAUGAAUCAAAUCUCAACAAAAGAACAAUCCUUGAGAUUGAUACAUACUAAAAAAAAAUAACUCUAUAAAUAAUAAAACGGACAUAAAAGAUUUGUUAAACGUUUAUUUUAAUAUUAUUAAAUAAUUAUAAGCCACUGGUUAUUUUUAACUUUGUAAAAACUCAUCUUUUUGUUUCCCUACUUUAACGUUAUCGUGUUAAAUCAAAUCAAUAUUUCGAAUACACCUUCACACGCUGAAACAGAAAGAUGGGAUUUCUGUUAUUUUAAACAUUUUUAAACUGUAAUCGUCCCUAUGUUUUAUUAAAUUUUGAGUGCACCCGAAGAUGGAAAUUUUUUUCGAAACAUGAGUGCUGUGCUAAACGAUAGAAAAUAAAAACAUGACCGAAUAAACCAAGGAAAUUUUUAUUUAUAUAAAAUUCUGCUACGGUCAGGAAAUUAUCCUUAUUCGAAAUUUAGAAGGUUGCUACAAUGACAUGUUUGCUAUCUGAUGAGCGUAUUUUCGAAUAUCAAGAACUUCCGGUCAUAACAGAAGUGACCAUGAAUUUUGUUAUUUCAAAUAUGACACUGUAUAUUUCAACAAUUCUGAAUUCUCUAAUCAGUUCUACACAUUUUUCAUGUAAUAUGUCCUAUACCUAUCUCUAACCGUUUCUGAUAAUUUGCAGGUUACACUUAUUAUGUAUCUUGUCUAAAAAUCAAAAUAGUACAAUUUAAUAAAUUUUACGGACAUUUUAUAACAAAAAAUCUAACAUUAGAAAUUAAUUGAACAUUUGAAGUGUCUUUUUUCUGUCUCAAGAAAAGCCUGAAAUUUCUUCAGUAGUUUCCUCGUUACAUAAUGUGUUCAUGUAUGUUUUGUGCUACCCAUCUAGAUAUAUCUAGUUGGCUUUGUUUUGUCAAACUUUCGAUGUAAUAAUGCGCUAGUUCAGUGUGAUGUCAUUUUGGUUCCACUGACAUUUAAUUCUAACCAAACUUUUAACAAAAACAUUAAAAAAUUUGACAUAUGGGUGAUUGCCUCAAAAUGACCAACAAUCAAGGUUGUAUUUUGGCCGAAAAAGAAAAACAAAAUUUGUAUGAAAAAACUUGUUUUACUUAGUAACUAACAACAGCACUUAACAACAGACACAUCUGUUUUUUAAUUAUUAGGUUUCUUCUUAAAUUUGGUAACAGGGGAAUGUCAGUACUUUCAGAAAAAUGACAAAUGGUCCAAAUUAUUAGAAAAUAUACAUAAAUUAAUAAUAACUAAAACACAAAUUAUAAGAACGAAUGUGUAUUUAAAAAAUAAAAUAACUGUUGACAAAUGAACGUACCUUUGGGGAAAGAUUUUUCAUAUAAAUUCGAUACCUACAUUGACGUGUGGGGUAUCAUUGUUUGAGUCACGUUGAGUAGAAGUGCUUUGCAUAAAUAUUUUUAAAAAAGAAUUAAUAUUAACUAAGAUAUAUUUAUUUUUCUCUCUGUUUCAAGCCACCCUCCCUUCCGGGUGUCUUGAAACGGAGCCUAUUCUGAAUAUACCAUUCAAGUUGGAAGCCCGCCGUCUGCCUUGAAACAUGGACCGACGUUCUGAGCACCUUUUGCAAUUUGUGCGAUGAAAAAAUAUUUAAAAACAAGGAAAUUAUGGCUAUUUAUAGACAAACAAAACAAAAAACACAGCUUUUAUUUAUGCAAGUUUAAAAUAUAACCUAUUAUUUAAAUAUGUAACUAAACUUAGGUAUUUAUCACAUAGGGAAGUCUGAAAAAAUAUAAACUAAAAAUGAACUACAACAUAAAAUCAUGCUUAUAACUGAAUGGAAAAAGAAUAUCGACCACGUUUAACAAAACUUGGCUUUAGUAGCUGGAUAACUUGAGACCUUGUCACAUCUGCGACAUCAGGAUUAUCUGGGAAUAUGUAAAUGUUAUUACUGCUGCUUGGACUUUUUCUUAAAAAUUUGCAAGUAAAGGUGUAGUUACAAUCUAUUUGUGUAACUUGUCCUAUAAAUCUUUUUGGGAAAGUUUUCUUUCCAGGACCGUCAUAGGUAAACUCAACCAAGAGAAAAUCCUCAACUUUGAUUUUAUCCAGUUUUACAUUUUCGUUGUCAUCCUCUUCUUUAAAAUUUUCUGAUUUUCCGAUUCUGAGUCCGAUGAAUUUCUUUUACUUUUUAAAUUCUGUUUCUUUUGUUCUACAAAUGUUGGUAGAGAAUCAUCAGAAUCCUCUUGACUUUCUUCUGUCUGUAGCCAUUUUGAUGUGGAAGGCAUGGAAUCGUUCAUAUUUGAAGCUGAUAUGUUAUUAUUUUGCUCGCUCAAAUUGGUUACACUUGCUCCUGCCUUAACAUUUAAUUUUUGUUUUUUUGGUUGUUUUCUUGGCUGCGUUUGGUGGUUGUACAGAUUUUUCAAAAAUAUUUCAAAACUGUUAUCAAUAAUGGCAUUAUUUUCUUCAACGUGCUCUGUGAUUUUAUUGCACGGUAUAUGCUUCAGCACAUUUUCCCUACUGAUUGGAUAAAUUCCACUGCCUCUAAAUGCAGCUCUUAGAUUUGCUUCCGUCUUUCCAUUCCCUCUAAGUUUUUCUAGGCACUUAUUUAAAAUUCUAGGAAAAACGUCUUUUGGUAUCGUGCCUUUAUUUUUCAUCUUCCACUCCAAAAGAACAUUUCUCCAUGUCGAUUUCAUCGGCCUGAAGAAGGCUACAUUGAGUGGCUGGCAUACACCUGUGGAAUUGGGUGGAAGUAAUAUGAAUUUUAUGUUGUCCCUACAGGUUAAAUACCUCAAUGCCACAGUGAAGAACCAGUCUUCAAAUAGAGCCUCAGUGAACCAACCUGACUUGCUGCGAUUAUAUCGUGCAUGAGGACCUCCAGUUGUCCAAGUUGAAUAUAAAUUUUCGGCAUUGUACACUAUGUAAAUGGGUAAAAGUGUCCCUGAUGCACUUCCAGAAAACAUUACUGAGUGACUGCUUUUUAAUGAAUUGAUUAUGGGGUGUGCAUGCUUCGAUCCUCGUCUUACUAUUACCUUGCUUUUUCCUGGAUCGUCCGCAAGAUUAGUUUCAUCGUAGUUCACGAUACAACUAGGAUCGAUUCCGUCAAGACUAAUUUCCAGUUCGUCGAAAUAAGCAUUAAUCAUCUCCGGACUUAUGGCAGCUCUCGAGCGUUUGAUAUUUUCGCACCAACGUACGCUCAAAAUUUAACGGUGCCUCAAUAAAAAUCCCCGCAUCCAGUCUUUUCCGGGCCAAUUUUCAUUUUUAAAUUUUUGGACUCGCUUCCUAUCUAAAAGAUUUUACAUCAUUUGCUGUAAGUGGAAAGCCCCACUGACAAGCCAGAUCUAUAUUAUUGACAAGUCGGUGUUCUUCUUCAGCUGAUAAAAUAGUCUGGCCUCCAAAAUUCUUACUAUGCAGAUUUUUCACUUUUCUUCGAAUCGUAGAAUAGGGAAUCUUAUAUUUUUCGGAUAAAUAUCUGUAGGAUCUACCACGAAGCCUCCUUUCCUCUACAGCUAAGCCAAGUUUCUCGGGAUCAAAGUCGGCAUAAUGUCGGCUGCCCAGUCUUCUCCUAUAUCUUCCCAUUUUUAAUCAAAAAAACAACAAAUUGAUAAAACCAUUUUUAAAAAAAUCCGAGGGGGUGAUUUGAAACAACGUGUUUCAACUCACCCGCAACAGUGCAGCUUUUUAGUUUUUUUUGCGAUUAUUUUUGAUCAAUAAGUCAAAAUAAAAAUUAAAGUAAUGAAAAACCUACAGAAAACUAUGAAAUUACUAUAGUGUGAAAAUGUUCAACAUACCUUUAAUAGAAACAGAGAUCCUAGUAAAGUUUUGCAGGUAAUAUUUAUUUUACAAAACACGCGGGAAAAUUAAAUACCGUCCAAGUCAUCAAUUCUUCCUCUUUCAAGCGUGGUUGCCACAUGUAUUGUUUAAUUUUCACAAAGUGUCGUUUCAGUCUCCCGACUUGACGGUAUACAACAAAGCUUAAUUUUAAAAAUAUUUGAAAAUAAAACAAGCAGUAUCAACCUAACAACAAAAAAUACUUAUUAUGAGUAACUUGCAGGUAAAAAAAGUAAAUAAUACCUCCUAUUCCAAAAAUAAUUACAAUAAGUACAAAAUACAAAACAAUGCGGUAAACGCAAAAGUAUUAUUUUUGUUCGAAAACAUUUACUGGUUUCGUAAAUUUCUAGAAUGUUCAAAAAUUCUUGGAACCGAACAUUAGCUUUUCGGUUUAACCUGUGUCGUCUUGUGUUUUUUCUCCAUUUUUUCGUUGCUUUCGUUGUUGUUUGGGUGUCAUUUCAGCUAUUGAGAGAACCGUUUUCUUCUCCUUUUUUUUAUAGACUUCAGCCUUUCUAUUUCCUUCAUGAACUUUUUAUUUUCGGGAUCAGCCAUUAUUCUCCAAUAUCUUUUCUUUUCUGCUUCUCGUUUUUCCUGUGGUUGUACCUAUCUUUUGGUUUUCCCAUGUUUCUUAAGCUAAAAUAAUGUUUCUGUUGAAACAAACUCUAUAUAAUGCUCAUUCCCCUGGAACGAUGUCAUUUCUCUGGAAAUAUUUUUCCAGGGGAAUGACAAAAUAUGAGGUUUUUUUUUGAUAAAAAAUAAGCGCCAGAAGCGAUCUUGUCGAGGUUAAACACAUAUAUAUCACAUUUAACUUUAGUUUAUUACUGUACAGUUCUAACAAUAUUUUAAUGUCUAUUAAAAAUAUUACUUACCAGGGGAAUUACAGUUUGAAUGUGACUACACACAGAAAGAACACAAUAUACAAUACCAUGUAGAAUUAAAUGUGUAUGCAACAAUAAACUGUUGAAAACUUAAUAAAGCAAUAAACACUGUAUUGUCAACUAAUUAAAUAAACCUUUGGCCCCAUCUAUCUGACACUAGUAGAACUUUUCUACUACCAGGGGAAUGAGGUACCGAUGUUAGAUACGAAAGUUCUCAAAUUUUUUAAAGACCAAGUGUAUAACUUUUUAUUGAUUGGUUUAGGGCGAUUUUGAAACAGUAUUUGUUCUAAUUAUAUAUUAAUUUACUAGUUAUUUAAGAUCACCUGAUUCUCUUACAAUUAAUAUUUACGUACUGACAUAUCAGGAAGAUACAACCCAGGGGAAUAACCAUUUUCACAAAAUAUUUCAAAAAUAGGAUUUUUUGUUAUAUUCAAAGAAAGAAAUUUAGCGACUAGUUAAAACUAAAUCAAAGAGUGUUUGUAACGGAUAAAUGAUAGUAUGGAGAUUAAAUGAAAUAUCAGUGCACUAUUGAUACACCAUAAUUUGCACUUUACAGGCAACCAUCCAUAUACGUUUUUACUGUUGUUUUUUUUUUUUUAUUUCAAAAUAUUGUUUACAGGUCAUAAAAAAUAGUUUAAAGGUAUGUAAUUGGUAACUAAACGAUUGUAUAUUUGAUAUAUGCUAUCUACUUACCUAAGGAAUAUAUUUAUAAAAGUGAAAAAAACGAUAUAAUUUAGGUAAAUAAAACGGAACAAAACGCACUCAAAAAAUCUACUGUCACUUUAAUUGUCAGUGGAACCAUAAUUACAUCAUCACUGAACUAGCGCAUUUUUGUUUGCCAAUUUUCAAUUGGUAGGGCAAUCUAAAAAAUUAUUUAAAAUAAUACAACUAGAACUCUUUUUAGUGGUCUAUAAGUAUUAUUUUAACGAUUUUACGAAAAUUAGUUCAAAACUGUGUGCUAUUCUAAGAACAGAAAUUAUGUGAGAUUUUAAAUGUUUCACCUCACAAAGCCACAACUGGUAUAUUAUUAUUUCUUAUCUCUCAUAGAAAAAAUAAUUCAAACUGAUAUAAUAGGUAGUUAUUUACUUCAUUUUUAUUAUGGUCAAAUUUAAAUGAAACCGAGGGCCCAUAUUCCAUGAUAAACAAAAAAUUACAAAAACAAUUCGUGAACACUAAUAUCAGUGUUUCGUGUCUACUAAUAUGUGCUAAUAUAAUAUUAGCACAGCUUUAAGCCCUAGCAAAAAUCGAAACUGCAAAACCAAUAAAAUAAAAGAAUAAUAUCUCAAAACAAAACACAUAUAUCUAAAGUUGAGGUUAGAAAACUUGUUUCCAUCCAUUGCGUUCGGUAUGCCAAGUUCCUUUAACACUUUUUACUCCAAACGACCCUUUUAGCGUUCGGUUUAGUCCGAUUAGUGACAGUUUAACACGCUUAAAUGUCAUUUAAAAGCACCCUAAAAAAACUCCGCUUUUGUCCCGCUCCAGCCCCUGACUAUCCGAACUCGCCUACAAUCUCUAUUUUUCGCGACAUUCAGCUCCGCCCCUUAAAGCUGUCACUUCCGAUUGGUUAAAUUGACACUCGUAAAACUGUGUGCUGGAUGUACUUUCGCAUAGGACAUAUUAUAUGAAAAAUGAGUAGAACUGAUUUGCUGAAAUAUACAGUCUCCUAUUUGAAAUAACAAAAUUUAUGGUCACUUCCGGUAUGACCGGAAGUUCUAACUAUUGGAAAAUACGCUCAUCAGAUAGCCCACAAGUCAUUAUAGCUCCGAUCUAAAUUUCAUUUAAUUCUGAUAAUUAUUAUAAAAGUCUAAUAAAAGCGUAUACUUGAUUUACGCCAAAACCAUAUGAUUUUUUUUUAGUUUAGUUAUAAAUUGUUUUGAACUUUUUCCUAACACUUUAAAUAACUUUAGUACAAAUUUUGAAUGUAUUAGUUUUUUGUAUUUAUGUUAAAUAUGCUGACCAAUGACAAAUUUCUUUUUGGGGUCCUCUGAAUCCGUUUUAACCAUUUUCGCGAUGAUGUCUCAGUGUGUAUGUGUCUGUAUACUGGCUGUCUAAAAUUUAUUUUACCCAUGCUAUAACUUCUAAAGCAUACAAGGCAAAAACUACCCAGUAUAAUUGGCGGUGGACUUUGAAACGAAUUAAGAUUGGAGGACAUCCCCAAGAACACCCCCUCAAAAAUUCUUAAUCACACCCUAAUUUUGUAGUGGCUAUUCUCUGUAUAACUGUUUUAAAUUCUCAAAUCGCUCUAAGUAAUACUUUUUCAAUCUGUCUUUUGUCAAACAGAUGUGCAGCUUACUCGACAAAAUAGGCAGUUUUUAUUUGUUUUUGCAAUAAUUUAGAGGUUUUCAAGUCCUAACAAAUAAUACGAGUAUAUUAAUGGAGCAACGAAUCACGUUUCCAUAAUAAUGGUUUAUUAAACUGUCAUAAUUCCAAUUACUGGUCCCCAACAAAUCCCCAUUGGGUAAGAGAAACAAGAGUUCAAAAUAUUUGGGCAUAAACGUAAGGUGUGGUUUGUUCAAUGGCAGGAUUAUAGGUCCUUAUUUUUAUGAAAACGCUCUAACUGGAAUAGAAUAUCGUGAUUUUUUAAUUAAUAACGUUCCUGAUUUGUUGGAAGGUGUUCUUAAUGAAAGAUGUGGUAUGUGGUGGCAGCAAGAAGAAGCACCAGCUCAUAAUGCACAAAUAGCCAAUAGUUGGCAAACACUUGUGGAAACCGUGUUAUAUCCACACAUUAUCUAGUGGCCGGCUAAGUCAUCUGAUUUGUCGCCCCUAGAUUUUUUCUGGGUUACUAUAAAGAACAUAGUAUACGAAAUAAAUUCAGAGGACUUAGAAGAAUUAAAAAAUAGAAUCAGAAAUAGUGUAAAUUUAUUGUUAAGGUUUGACAAAUGUGUGAAAGGGGGAGGUAGUAGCCAAUUUGAGCUCAUAAGUUAUUACUACUCUUUGUUUGUUAUUUGUUUCUUGUCUUCUUCUUCUCUUGUUUCAAUAUUUUUUUUUUUUAUUAUCUAUCAUCUAAUAAAGAUUACUGUAUUUUAUAUCAUUAACUUGGCAUAUAGAUUUUAUUGCAUAUCUGUCUCAUUAAAUGGAGCGAUUUAAGAAUUUCAAAAACAGUUAUGCAAAAAAUAUAGGAGCGACUAAAAACUGAUCAAAAAAUUAACAAUUUUUGAGGGAUGGAUCGUCAAAAUCUUCAUUCAUUUCGAAUUUCACCGCCAAUUACGAGGGUGGAUCAAAAAGUACCCGUAUUAGAAAAGAAGAGGCAAGUUUUUCAAAAAAAUGUAUUUCUAUUUUUCAACGUACUCUUCUUUUAGUGCUAUACACUUUUCCCAACGUUUCUGCCAUUUAUUUAACCCCUCCCAAAAAUAUUAUUUCUCGAACUCCGCAAAAUACGCUUCAGUCUCGACGAUAACCUCGUUAGAGCUGAAUUUUUUUUCCCCGAGUCACGUUUUCAUGUUGGGAAAUAGAAAAAAGUCGCAUGGAGCCAAGUCGGGCGAGUACGGUCAGUGCGGCAACAAUUCGUACUGCAGUUCUUGAAAUCUGACCGCGACAAUUCUCGAUGAAUGUGCUGGUGCGUUAUCGUGGUGAAACAGGACCUUUUUCUUAGCCAAAUGAAGCCGUGUCUCCUUCAAUUUUGCAUCGAAUCGGUCCAAUAAUUCACUAUAGUACUGCCCUGUGAUCGUACUUCCUUUCUGCAAAAAGUCGAUGAGAUUUAUUCCCUAGGAAUCUUAAAAAAUGGUGGCCAUAAUCUUUUCUGCCGAUGGGACCGUCUUUGCUUUCUUCGAAGCAGAUUCACUUCGAAAAAUUCAUUGCUUCGACUGUCGUUUGGUAUCUGGCGUAUAAUAAUGUAUCCAGGUUUCAUCAAUGGUGACGACUCGACGCAAAAACUCCUGCGAAUUUCGAUUAAAGAGCUCCAAACACUGCUUCGACAUUGAGAGCCGUAUCCGCUUGUUGUCCACCGUAAGCAAUCGCGGCACCCAUCGGGCCGAUACCUUUCUCAUGUUUAACUUAUCAUGCAAAAUAUUAAUUAAUUAAUUAAUUAAUUUCGUUCGGCGAUCUGCGACAAUCAUGUCUUGGACCUUUUUAACGAUUUCCUCGGUAACAACGUCUGCCGGGCGACCACGUUUAAAUUCGUUGAACCAAUAUCUUACGGUUGUCAUAGAUGGUGAAGGGUCCCCAUAGACAGCAUCCAACUUUGCUUUUAUUUCAUCGCAUGUUUUUCCAUCCAAAAAUAAAAAGCGAAUUACAGAUCGAUAUUGUUCUUUUUCCAUUUUAUCGAUUAAUGCGAAACACGUAUGGUACAAGUGGCUGCCAAAUAAAAACCAACCUAUGAAUCAGUUUGAAAUUUAGUAUGGUGUCGUGUGACAGAUGUCAGUACACGACAAUAAUGCCAACUUCCCUCAGCAACGCCACCUGCCUUCAAACACGGGUACUUAUUGAUCCACCCUCGUAUACUUGGUUGUGUUUGCCCGGUUUGAUUUUCUUGUAUAGUUUAGAAGUUUUUGCCUCGGUAAAAUAAUUUGGAAUAUCCCGUAUAUUGUACGACUUGUCUUUUUAUGUAAUGAAGGUUAAUAAAUUAUUCUAUAUCGUUGAUACUAAAAAAAUCUCAAAAACUGAUAUUUUAAUUUACUUAAAAGUCUCGAAGACUAGAAUUUUAUUUUUAUUAACAAAAAUUGUAUGAAGUAGGUGUUCUGUUAAAGAAAAUAAAUAAAUUAAGGCCAUUAUAUGUAAUUGUGAAGGCUCUGUCGCAAAACAAAGCCGGACAAAUUAUCGCAGAACAAAUGAGCGCUGACAAAACAGUGCCGCAACAAAAUGGCGACGUAACAUAUCAGCAUCGAGACAAAUAGGCUCCAACACAAAAUCGCUGAACAAUAAAUACAAUUUAUAUAUUUAUGGGAUAGCUCCAGGCCGUACAGGUUAGGUAAUUUUUUUAUUUUUUUUAAUUAAAAUUACAAUGGGUAUUAGAAAAAUAUUAAAAUAGAAAUAUUGUCUCAGUACCUAUUCAAAUUAAAACUUAACCUGAGAGGCCUGGAGCCAUCGCGCGCUGCUUUUUAUUUGUUAUCGCCAUUUUGUACUGGCGGUGUUUUGUCCUGGCACAAUUUUGUCCGGCGCUUUUUUGAGACUGUGCCAAUUUGUCAGCGCUAAUUUGUCCGGCGCUGUGUUGCGACAGCCAUUUGUAAAAAUGUGAAGUACAAAAAUAUAUACCUAGUGAAAAAAUAUACAUAUUUUGCUGCAAACUUCUUUUAUUUUCCUAAUAAAAUUAAUUAAAACCAGUACAUGUAAUUAUCAAAAUGUGUAGUACAG